AUCAUCAUCUCGCAGGGCGCAUCUGCAGGCUGCAGGAACAGAGCAAUAUGACUUCACUUGGAUACACUGAAACAUAGUUUAACAUUCUGGACAUCCUUCUAAUCGACAUGAGGGAUAUUUCAAUCUAAUUUAAGCAGCAUCUGCAUCUUUGUCACAUUUUCACAUUCGUUGUAAUAGAAACCAGCCAGCCUCAUUCAAUUGAUUUCAUCAAUUGAUCAUGGGAUUACGCGUAUUUGGCGCUUGGCGUUACGCAUUUAGGUGCAUCUUAUUUGUUUUUUUCCUACAAGUCGCCCAAUCUCAGAGGAAUCCAGGGGGGGCAGCGAAAAAAAAUGAGCAGACGGGGGCUCUCCGACAGACGCUGCAGUGGUCUCACAACGGCAAGGUUUUCAGCAUUUUAAGUCAGGGCUCAGAGUACCAGCCGCCGAGGCGGAGAGGCGCACCUCAGGAGCAAGUGCAGGCGCAGCCCGUCACCAUCAUCCGCGACACGCACGACAAACAGGACGCCCAGAGCCAGCCGGUGGUCGAGCAGCAACACCAGGCUCCCGCCAGCCUUCCUCCGCUGCUCCAAAGGCUAGUGAGAGGGCAAGAGCACCUCCAACAGCCUCACCAUGGACGUGCCGACCAGGGGAGCCUUAAAGCCAACGAGACGCAGGAGAAGGUCUCUGUCAGUCCGCCUCUGCCCAGGAGAGAGGACAUGAUGGUCGGCGACGAUCCAUACGACCCAUACAAAUCAAUCGACACUGAUAAUCCUUAUUACAAUUACCAUGAUGUUUAUGAAAGACCAAGACCCAGAUCACGGCCAGGAUAUGGCACAAGGUAUCAUCAGUACGGUCUGCCUGAUCUUGUCCCUGACCCAUACUACAUUCAAGCCUCUGCCUAUGCCCAAAGAGUGCCCAUGUACAACUUGAGAUGUGCAGCUGAGGAAAACUGUUUGUCAAGCUCAGCCUACACAUCACAUGUGAGAGACUAUGACACCCGUAUGCUCCUGAGGUUUCCUCAGAAAGUCAAGAACCAGGGCACAGCUGACUUCCUUCCCAGCAGGCCACGCUACUCCUGGGAGUGGCACAGCUGCCACCAGCAUUUCCAUAGCAUGGAUGAGUUCAGCCACUAUGAUCUGCUGGAUGCCACCACUCAACACUCAGUGGCUGAGGGCCACAAGGCCAGCUUCUGCUUGGAGGACACCUCUUGUGACUAUGGAUACUACAGGAGAUAUGCAUGCACCUCACAUACCCAGGGUCUAAGCCCGGGAUGUUAUGACACCUACAACGCAGACAUCGACUGCCAGUGGAUUGAUAUCACAGAUGUGAAACCUGGCAACUACGUCCUAAAGAUCGCCGUAAAUCCGUACUAUCAGGUCCCAGAAACAGACUACAGUAACAAUAUUGUGCGUUGCGACGUCCGCUACACCGGCAACUAUGCCUAUGUGUCAGGUUGUCACAUGUCAACGUAUUGAAAAGCGACACUGAUCCACAGAAAUUCUGCAGACUUUUUUUUCUCUAAAUGACUCAGAAUGGACUGCCGGGGAAGACGACUAGUUUAGAGUUUAAAAUUCACAAAAAAAAAAAAAUUAUAUAGAAACAGUUUAUUAUAGCACCAGAUUGUACUGAAUUUUUCUUUGCUUCUGUGCAAAAGCAUUUUUAUUCUCUUUGCUAAGAAGCAUUUUCACAAUAUUUUAAUUUCUUACAUGUAUUAAAUUGUGCCGUAUGCUUAUCUCAUACAAAUUGUAAGAUACUCAAAGAAGUAAAUGAAUGAAAUUGUGUAUUUAGAAAAAUAACAUAAAUGGAAAAAUGAACCUGUUGUCCAAAGGAAAAAUGUUAUAUUUAUAUGUAAAAGCUGCAGGUUUCUGUCCUCAAAAGUUUUUGAAGAAUCUUAAAUGAAUAAAAUUUUGUGAUAUUGUU